CGAAAACUUAUAAAGCAUAUUUAUGUUUGCGCUUAGAAAUUUUGAAAUCCCAAAUGAAUCUACCCCUCAAUAGUUCUCUUGAAAUACCUUUGCAUGACAUUAUUAAGCAAUCUGUUGAAGAGUUCAAGUUUUUUCUUUAGCUUUAACGAUGAAAUUUCUCAGUUUUCCUGUAAAAUUUUUGGCCAUAUUAAUGAGGAUAUAAAGAAUAGCCAAAAUGAUUUAAAUAAUUUAAAAUCAAAAAUUUCCAAAUAUACCUGUGAUGCCCAAAAUUUAAAAGAUAAAAUACUCAAAGAAACCAAACAAUCAGAAUAUUUUUCAAGGAUAAGGGCAUCAAAUAAUGUAUACAAUUUCUUGAACAAAACAGAUUUAGAAUAUUAUAAUGAUUUAGUUAUUGAAUACCAAGAGCAAAUUAAAAAUAUAUCCCAAAAUUUAAAGGAUGUUAAAAAUUACUUAGAUUCAUCACAUAUAAGCUCUCCUAAAAAAGCUUUAGAUUCUCAAACCUUAAUUGGAAUUUCAAAAUAUCUACAAGAAUUAAUCAUUAUAGUUGCUUCAAAUUUACAAACCGUGCAUGAAUUAAUUCAAUCAUGCAAAAUUCGUGGACCAGGGUUUGGAAAUUUAUUUCAACCAUCUGAUUCUUUACAUAUUCUGAAGCCUAAUCACGUUUUACCCAACAAUUUUUUAUCAACACUUCCAAACCCCUCUAUCCACACGUCUUCUAAAAUCCAGGAUCACAAAUUUACUCAUCAAAUAGAUAUUGAUCAUUUAACGAAAUUACCAAAUACAAAGCUUAAAGGAAUAAUGAAACGUUCCUCUUUGAUGGAAUAAUUGUUAAGAUGCCAGAAAUUAUCGAGAUAUUCAAUUGACAUAUGAUAUAUAAUUUUAGAUUCAAUGAAUGAAUGUUUUAUUAUACAUUAAAUAAAGUUAUUAUAAAAAUGAAGUAA